AUGAAGAGGAUUAAUUUGGAGUUCAUUUUACUGAUUAAGUUCUUCACAUUUCAGAUUUACGUGUGGAAGUUGUAUGAACGCUGGUUUCCCAUCGAUAAUUCGUGCACACAAGCAAAUGUGUUGGCGUUAAUGGUGUUAGAUGGUCUGAUAAAUGAUGUUCGGAAAAUUCCUUAUGUAGGAAUUCAUACCGGAGAGGCACAGAUACGCUUUGCACUUGGAAACAUCGCCAGUGAAGCAAAUAAUGCACUAGCACAAGGAUGGCCACUUCAAGAAACGAUUGAAGACAUAGUGGACGAUAUCGGGUAUGCACUGAGGGAAUUGUAUGUGUUGAAUGGCGAAACCAGAGAUCAUUCCGUUCCAAAAUGGGCUCGUUAUGCGUUCGCUAUCUGUUUCAUCUUGGUGGUAGUGGCAUUGAUGGUAGAAUGGUACAUCGUGAGACGAAAACUUGGCGUGCAAAAGAGCGGUCAGAUUAAAAUUUCCGCCGGUAAAAGUAAAACACAUCUAAUGUUUUAA